UCAAAAAGAGCCGAACAAUGUUUUGUUUGAUUGUGGCGGAAUUGUCACCCAGCUCUCCACGUAACGAUGCGCUUCAGUAUCUGUCUCCGGUUCAGCAGAGCAGCAUCGAUAGUGAUUAAUUUGGCGCGGAUCAUGGCGACUGUCAGUGCUGUCAGUAUUGAUAAAGUGCCCUUUGAGGAGAAGGAACUCUUUGUUCCCGAUGCCCAGGAGCUCAAGGAAGUUUUAUCCUCUGGCCUGAAAAAGAACUUCGAGCAAGUUUCUGUGGACUUUGUGGAGUGUCCGGAUCUCUCGCAGGAACCCUUCAAUCUCGCCAGUUCCGGUCUUUGCGGUUCUCCCACAAUUCUCGAGUACGGCGGCGCUCCAUUUCUUUUGCCUCUGGUGCAGCGAGACAAGCUGUACGAUCUGGAUGAGAUCUGCCAGAAGGUCUCGCGCGCCAGGAACAUUAGCCAGUAUCUUGUUGUGGGAGCAGGGGCGGGACCCUUUCCACUUCUCGGCACGAAUUGCGAGGGAGUCUUCAAUCUGAAGAGAAAUGCUGAUGGAACGAUUGUCUCGAAGAGCCACGUUGCAUUGGUGAACGCGAAAUUGGAGUGCGAGAGAAGGAAUAUUCCAGCGUCGGAUACGAGAUCAGCUCUUCUUGGAAAUGUCUACUUGUCAGAGGGCAAAAGAGGGAAGAUUUUGAGGAUUCACUGCAAGAAUCGCACGGGACCGAACAAUUUCAUCACUCAAAUCAGGGAAACUCUGGCCAAUCACUUUGUGGAGAAGGAUAUUGGCCUCGGCGGUGCCUUUCUGCUGAAAAGCGGCAAGGCUCAUCAGCAUGUGAUGCAGGACUUCUCCAAGACGCCCAUUAACACUGAGGAGCAGCUCAACAGCUGGCUCAAGUUCUACGACAUGUCGGCUCCGCUUGUGGCUGUUGGCACUCUUGUGACCGGCGAAAUGGACAUGGAUCUGCGUCUGCAGCACUUCCACAGCUUCUCGUCCUCGCACUGGGCCGGCCAUUAUCACUACGACACCACGCCAGAGGCAGCUGAAUACGAGGCGUACUUCGGCAUCGGCGAGAGGAUCUUCCGCAUUGACAAGCCCGAAGUGACCCACAAAUUCGGGCGAGACUGAAGCGUACACUUGAGACAUUUUAAUAAAUUUUCAUUUAUAUACAAAAGGAAUAGAGGAAAUAAACAAAUAUUAUCCUUCUUUAUCAUCUCACUUGAACAGCUCUACUUUUUUAAAGGUGUGUUUUUGUGUGUGGAGAAACAUCGUUAAUAAAUCUUGAAGGGAAUGAUUCUUAAAAUGUCUUUUAAUGUUAGGCAUUUAAAACAUUAAAAAGUCUCACGACUUUAGCUAUGCCGUAAUUGUUGUACGUUUCAAUUGUAAUUCAUCUCUACACAAACAUCAUAGUGUGGACACACAGUGGAGGAAAUCGUAUAGUUGUCCCUAAAAUUAUGGAAUUUAUUUUUCACUAUUGCACCGAACAAAUUAAGGAGAUCAACAGAGCGCAAUUACUUCGUAGUGGACGGAAAAACUACGAAAUUUACAUCAUUUUUGGCACAUGCUCCAAACUCUCUGAUUCAUUGCGCUUGCUGAUCAAAUUAGCCUCAUUUUCUGACAUUCCUCCACUGCUUUUCACCACAACU